UUGUGUGUGAAAUUGUGAACCCACACUUGACCCACCGGCCACCAAACGCACACGUGAAAUUAAUGUGAGCAGGCCGGCAUAGCAUCGUCACCAGUCAAUAAAAUCAAACAAGAGAGAGAGAGAGAGAGAGAGAGAGAUAAAAUCAUCAUCAUCAUCAUCAUCAUCUUGUUGCAUUGGGAUUCUCAAUACGUUUCUAAAAUCCUCCUCGUAUAUUCGCCCUGCUAGGUUUUGAUUUGAACAAGGACAUGGAAGGAGUUGAUUACUUGAGUGAUGAAAGGCAGAAGGCGCAGUUCGAUGUGGAAGCCAUGAAAGUUGCUUGGGCUGGUUCUCUUCAAGCCUUGCAACUCUCUAAUCGUAUGGCCAAUCUCGUUGCCAAUGAUCCGGCCUUUGAAAAGUUUACAAGGCCCAUGAUGGGUAGAAAAGAGUUGCUCAAGAAUACUCUUAGAAAAGCUGCUCAUGGAUGGAAGCUGAUUGUUGAUCUUCGUCUGACCGAAGAAGAGGCUAAAUGGUUGCGACUUUAUAUUGAUGAACCUGCUUAUACUGAUCUUCAUUGGGGGAUGUUCAUCCCAGCUAUUGAAGGACAAGGCACUGAAGAACAGAAAAAGAAAUGGUUGCCAUUGGCUCAGAAAAUGCAAAUCAUUGGCUGUUAUGCACAGACCGAACUUGGUCAUGGCUCCAAUGUGCAAGGUCUAGAAACAACCGCAACAUUUGAUCCCCAAACAGAUGAGUUUGUCAUUCACAGCCCUACUCUAACAUCAAGCAAAUGGUGGCCUGGUGGAUUAGGUAAAGUGUCAACACAUGCCGUUGUUUAUGCUCGCCUCAUAGUAGGUGGUGAAUUCCAUGGAGUUCAUGGUUUUAUUGUCCAACUAAGGAGCUUGGAUGAUCACUCACCUCUUGCUGGCAUUACUGUUGGUGAUAUUGGGUUGAAGUUUGGAAAUGGGGCGUAUAACACCAUGGACAACGGUGUUUUAAGGUUUGAUCAUGUGCGUAUCCCAAGGAACCAAAUGUUGAUGAGGGUGACCCAGGUUACAAAGGAAGGAAAAAUUAUGCAAUCCAAUGUUCCUCGACAACUUAUCUAUGGAACUAUGGUGUAUGUUAGGCAAACAAUUGUGGCUGAUGCUUCCAAAGCAUUAUCUCGUGCAGUUUGUAUUGCUACAAGAUAUAGUGCUGUUCGUAGACAAUUUGGUUCACGUGAUGGUGGGCCUGAGACCCAGGUGAUUGAUUAUAAAACUCAGCAAAGUAGACUCUUCCCUUUGCUGGCAUCUGCUUAUGCCUUCAGAUUUGUGGGUGAGUGGUUAAAAUGGCUGUACAUGGAUGUUAAGGAAAGAUUAGCAGCUAAUGACUUUUCAACAUUGCCUGAGGCCCAUGCAUGCACUGCAGGGUUGAAGUCCAUAACAACUACAGCAACAGCUGAUGGAAUUGAAGAAUGUAGAAAACUAUGUGGUGGUCAUGGCUACCUUGUUAGUAGUGGGCUUCCGGAGCUAUUUGCGGUUUACAUUCCUGCUUGUACGUAUGAAGGGGACAAUGUUGUUCUACUACUACAGGUUGCGAGGUUUCUUGUGAAAACAGUCUCGGAGCUUGGUUACAAAAAGCCAGUUGGGACAACAGCUUAUAUGGGGAGAGUGGCAUCUCUGAUGCAGAAUAAUUGUGCUGUACAAACUGCUGAGGGUUGGCUAAACCCUGGUGCAAUAGUGGAAGCAUUUGAGGCUAGGGCUGCUAGAAUGGCUGUUCGGUGUGGUCGACAGUUGGCCGAGUUUGAAAAUCCGGAAGAAGGUUUUGCCGAACUAUCAGCUGAUUUGGUUGAGGCAGCAGUUGCUCACUGCCAAUUAAUCGUUGUAUCCAAGUUUAUUGAGAAAUUGCAACAAGACAUCCCUGGAAAGGGAGUGAAACAAACGCUAGAGAUGUUGUGUUACGUCUACGCAUUGUUUCUUCUUCACAAGCAUCAAGGUGAUUUCUUGGCAACAGGGUAUCUUACUCCCAAACAGGCCUCACUUGCUAAUGAUCAACUCAGAACAUUGUAUUCUAAGGUCCGCCCAAAUGCAAUCGCUCUAGUUGAUUCAUUCAACUACACUGACCACUACCUGGGUUCCAUUCUUGGGCGUUAUGAUGGAAACGUGUAUCCAAAACUCUACGAGGCUGCUUGGAAAGAUCCUCUUAAUGAUUCAGAUGUAGUUGACGGCUUCCAUGAAUACGUCCAACCAAUUCUCAAGCAGAAGCUCCGCACUGCUAAGCUAUAAAACGCCCAGCCAAUCCUCUUGCUCAUUCAGAUGUAGCUGAUGGCUUUCACUGUUUUAGUAAGUGUUCAACAACUGUGGUUUCGGUUUGCGGUAUUGUUUUAACGCUGGAAGAGCACCAUAGAGCUUUUAAGCUAUACUUUUAUGUUGGUCUAGUUUGCAAAAUGUGUGACAAUCGUCGCCCUUUCGUUGUUGAUUAUGUGUUGAAAGUGUGCGUAUUACUAUUACUAUUAUUAACUAAAAAAGUUUAAUUUCUCUAUUAUAAUAAGACUUAUUUAAGGUAAGAUUUUAGUUUGGAUUA